GCUUUCGCGGCGAGGUUGUUACCGGAGGAAGCUCGGUUCAUCUCCAACCAGCCCGGAGUCGUCUCCGUCUUUCCGGACAAGUACGGGAAGCUGGUCACCACGCGCUCAUGGGGUUUCCUCGGGAGUUUGGACUCUCCUGGUAUCCCUUACGCCAAUAUUCCCGCUGACGCCUACUCCUCAGAUACCGUGGUCGGAUUCAUCGACACCGGGAUAUGGCCAGAGUCGCAGAGUUUCCGAUCAGCCAGCAGAGCCCCGCCGCCGGUAGGAUGGAACGGCACUUGCCAAACUUCUAAAGACUUCAACAUGAGUUCGUGCAACGGGUACGUAGUUGAAAACUAUUAG